UUUCAGUUGGCCGAUGGUGCGCUUACAAAACGCCGGUUUUUCGGCGGACGCGUUCGCCUUCGCUUUCGCGCUCCUCGAAAAUCCAAAACCCUGCACACACAGAUACUCACCCACACACACUUAUAAUACACGCGGUUGGGUGGGGAGGGUGAAAGUGCAAUAAGAAAGUGCAGCGGGGUGAGGGGGCGGGAAAGUGGCCGAAAUUCCGUGCAGCACUCUAAAGCCAACUUUAGCAAUUGGAUGGCGUUAUUUUUGGAUUAAGCAGCGCCAAAUUGUUACAAACGAACGAACAACGACCGACAUUUAACGAUUAACAUUAAGACCAACUGAAGUAGGGGAAGUGCUUAGGAUUCUAUUUUUCGAAUCGCCCACAUACCGCCAGCAAAGAAGAACAACAAAAGAAAACCCGAUAGGCGAAACUAAGUCGAGCGGAAGAUUUUAAAAAAUAUUUCUUAUCAACAAUAUUUUCGAAAAACUUCCAAAGACAUUCGAAGCAGUAGCAGUAGAAGCAAUAGCAGUUGAGAGCUGCGAGGCAAACAAAAGGCAGGCAACAAGCAACAAGCGAAGUUAAACAUUGCCAAAGGAGCAACUCGAUUCCGCAGGAAGAAGCAGUCCACAGAGGAAACAAACAUCCUUGCAAAAUGGCCGCCCUACAACGGAAGCUGGUGCACAAGCAGUUCAACUCGCCCAUGGGCCUCUAUUCCCAGGAGAACGUGAAGGCCACCUUGAACCGCGAGCUGAAAGCCUUCGGCGGCGAGGGGAUUGAAGUCGACGAGCAAAUAACGAAGCCCCUGAACUUGGCCAACUCGGCCGUUCUGCGCGCCGUCGAAGAGGAAGAACAACAAGCCAAAUGUGAUUUUUACCCCAUUGAAAGGCAGAGCCGUUCGCGUCAGCGAGGCGAGGUGGAUGCACUGCAUCACACGCUGCACCAGCAGCUGCUCAACCAGAUCAAAACAGACUAUCUCAGUCACCAGCAGGACAUCACCAUCGAUCGGGAUACGGUGCUGAAAAUCAAUCGUCUGGCCACCAAACGCCAUCUGCUCAAGCGGGAUCACAGCUGGCCUCCAGCUGAGCAGGAUCAACCGGCCAUCAAUGCCGAACAGAGCCAUCAGAUCUCCUGCAGUCCCUCGCACAGUAUUGAGGCUCUGCGGGAGAAGUUCCAGAGUCCCACCUUGGUUAUCGAACCCACCGCCAAAGAGGUGAGGGAGCAGCGACGACGGGAUGGGGAUGGUGGCUCCAAGGAGCGAUCCAAAACUCCACAAAAGGUCAACGAUGAACGCAACCUGGCGGAGGUGUUCCAUCAAACUCCCGUAUCGAAGGGCUUCUCCGCUCCCGAAACCAAAGCAGCCGAUGUGGACUUGGGUUUGGUGGCUCCGCGAUGUGAGUACUACGAGCAGUUGGCCCACAAAAGAUCCACCACACCAACUCUGCCCGCUCAAGUCACUCCAUAUAGGCCAAGAUACAAGAGGCAGGCUUAUUCCCUGGAUCGUGGCCGUGCCCGGAAGCGGACUGUGGGUGCUCCGGAGUUGCCGCCACCCAAGCCGAGAACCGCAAAGCCGAAAGUCCAACGGCGGUGCAUAAAACUGGCCACCGAGGUGAAGAUCUCGUAUGGCCACGAUGGCGACAGCGAGGAUGAGCCCAAUUCUGGUCAAGAUGUGGACUUGGAGACCUUGCCGCUGCCACCGACACCCGUGCAGCCAGCUGCCGUGAAUCUCAAUCAAGCGCAGACAGCAGGGCGAAUGGUAAUUGACAAGCUGGCAGUUAAGGAGCAGCAGCAGAUGGCUUUGGCUUUGGCCACAAAUGGGAGCAUCAGUCCGGUUAGUCCGAAUCCGAAUCUGAAUCUGAAUCCGUCGGCCAACACUCGCAUUGUGCCCAUUCGCGUGGAGGCAUCGACGGAGCAGCUCAAGCUGAGUGCCCAGCAGAUCUACGACGACGCCUGUUCGUAUCUGCAGGAUCACCAGGAGAUGGAGGACAUCCAGCAGCGACCCCCCAGUCCCACCUAUGUGAGUGCCACCGGUGGGAUUAAGUUGCUCCAGCGGCAGUCGAGCAGUACGCCAGCCACACCAGUUCCACCGCCACCUCCUCCGCCAGUAAUGCGAUCCAAGUCUGUCCAGGAUUCGCAGGCCAAGGACAAGCAGACAAAAAGACAGGGUCGCAUCUACAACCUGGAGACCACUACGGAGAAGCAGCAUGAGGCGCAUGUUGAAAUUGCCCAGUUGGAGGCAAAGUAUGCCCACAUCCAGCAAUCCAUAGCGGAGCACCUGCUCCAGAUCGAUGCCUAUAUGGAGAAUGCCAAACAGGCGCUGCAGAGGAGUGCCCAGACCACACCAGUAUCCACUACGGCCCCGAUACAAACGCCACCACCACCACCUCCUCCGCCGCCACCACCACCACUAGCAGCACUACCCGCCAGACCCCUCAGUUCGUCGUCCAACGAAUCCUGGGACAUGUUCGCUCAUCGCCAGUCACCCAUUUUGGCAGUGGAAAGUCCACUGCAGGCGAUUCUUCGCCAGAUUUACACCCGGGCAGCUGGCUUACCCAAAAGGCUUUCCAAAGAGAUUAAGGAGGAUGCCGACGCCGAGGAGGAGGAGGCAUCACUUACUGAAAACGUGCCCAUUGUGGAGCGGGCUCUGGAGGAUCUGCACAAGAUUGCGGUGGCACUGGAGCAAAAACCGGAACCCGCGAAACUCAUGCACGUAGAACUCCGGACAGCGCCAGCUGUCUCUGAAGCGGAGCACGUAGUCAUCAAGGACGAGGAACAGGACGCGGAACAGGAUGCGGAACAGGAUGCGGAACAGGACGCGGACAUGGAGUACAGACACGUAUCGGAUGUAAUUGCCAACUAUGAGCAGUUGGCCAAAAAGGAGUACGAGGAGUGGAGGGAGGAGCAGGUGGUAAAAAGCGAGGAGGUCCUGCCCAAAACCGAGUUGAGAAAGGCAAUAGAGGAGCAGCUGGCCAAAAAAGGAUUGAGGGAAGGUAAAAAGGUACUUAAAGGGGAGGAAAAACCACUUACCAAACAGGAUGCUGCAAAGGAUGUGAAAAAGGAUGCCAAUGCAGUGUCACCAGCCAAACAAGAUUUACGGGAAGAAGAAAAGGUAUCUAUCCAAAAAGAGAGUGGCAACGAUUUGGGUGCAAGUGAAGCCAAAGAAGAUCUCACAAAGGAUGCAGAAGUGGAGGAAAAGGACAGAUCCUGCGGCCAUGGAGAUACCUCAGUCUACUGCCCAGUUUGUGAUGAAAUGCGCUGCUCACCAAACACCUGGGGAAAACUGAGCAAAGCCGAUCAAUGGCGGCUUGCCAAUCUGCACAACGAACCCUUGAGGAACUACAAAGCCACCUACGAGAUACGUAGUCCGUACAUCUCGCGGCAGAUCUCCUGGGAGGAUAUGCAGUCGGCCAAGGAGAAUGUGCCGCCCGAGAAACUGCAACGUCAGCGUAGUUUUGUGGAGAUUGUGACCACACCAGCGACUGAAUCUCCGCCGCCAUCGCCGCCGCCUCCACCUCCACCUCCACCGAAGCAGUUGGCCCUGCAGAAACCGGAAACGGAAGUAGCAUGGGAGCGCAGUCGCUCGCCCAGUCCGCUGCCAUCUCGCAAGUAUCCCGCUCCACUCAUAGAAGCACCACAGCGCUCCAGCUCUCCCUAUGGCCUCAAUUCCGUCCGCUCGAAAGCCACACCAUCGCCCGUCAAUCUGCCGGCGAAAUUCACGCAUGUGCCGCAACUGGAAGGCCACAAUAUUGGACUUCUGGUGAAAACGGCCACGGAGCCACUGCAGCAGAGCAUGUCGGCAUCCUCUUCACUGCUGGCUGCCACGCCCCCGUCCACGCCCCGUUCGGCGGCACAGCCCUCGCCCUUCGAAUUCCCCAACCUCGGUCGGGAGUCGGCGGAGCAGCAUAAGUUCAAAUCCCUGGCCUCAAUGGAGGAGGUGCAGCGAGAUUUCGGCGUUAACCGAUCCUUCGAUAAUGUAUCACCACGUCCAUAUUUGGGUAUUGAAGGCUACAAGCGUGUGGCCUGGCCACCGGCCUCCGAGGAGCGGAUCAUCCGGGAGUUCACCCCCCAGCCGCAGACCCAGAGUCCGGCUCCCGGUGCCGGAGGCUACUAUCCCCAGGCCCAGGCCCAGGGCCACGCCCCCAGCACAGCAGCGGCUGCCGCGCCACCUCAGGGUCCCAUUUAUAACAACGUCCAGCCACGCACCACCCAGCCACCACAAAAUGCCUACCACCACCACCCAACAGCACCACAACCCACCUACUCCAGCUCCACCAACCAGUACCCAGAUAGUUAUCCGCAGCAGGAGCAGCAGCAGCAGCAGCAGCAGCAGCAGCCUGUGCAGUACACACAGGCCCAGUUCAGUCGGCAGCGCUCGAGGGAACCUGUCCAGGUUCCAGCUCCAUCUCCAGCGCCCGCAUCCGAGCCCAGCUAUACCGCUAAUCCGUACCAGAACUAUCAGUCCAACUAUCCGCAGGAGCCGCUGCAGGCAGCGAACAAUGUGGGUGGUGGCUGGAAACACAUUGGUGCGCCGCAGCCCAAGGAACGCAGUGAAUUCACCGCCGGCGGAGGAGCCUAUCCUCCGUUCCAGGGAUCCCACCAGCAGCAGCCGCAGCAGCAGCAGCAGUACGGUGCUCCGUCUUACGAUGGCCAGCAGCAACCUGCAGCACAGUGGCAGCAACAGCAGCAGCAGGUUCCGCAACAGCAAUAUCAGCCUCAAUCGCAGGCUCAGGCGCCCUAUCAGCCAGCACAGUGGAACCAACAGCAGCAGCAGCAACCAUCGUACCAGGCUUCACCGUACCAACAGCAGCAGCAGCAACAGCAGCAGCCAUCCUAUUACCCACAGCAAAACGGUGGCUCGACCUUUGCUCAACCCCAAUACAAUUCUUAUUCGCAGCCCCAGUUGCCCUACUCGCAGGAUCAGACUGAUCUGCAGCAGCAGCAACAGCAGCAGCAGUAUCCGGGAGCCUUCGCUGGACAGGAUAGCUACCGGGGCGCCAGUCCCGGCAUCAUCACCCUGCGCAAGGAGGCUCCAGUCAGCCAGCAGCCAGCGCCAGUCUACACUUCGCAGCCUGCCGCCGUCAGUUAUCAGGGAGGCAGCAAAUUGCGCGGAGAUUUGAAGUGGCCACCACCGGAGUACAAGGAGGCAGCUGCUCGCGAGAACGAGGAACGACGCCAGUUGGCGUUGGGCCCCGUCUGCCGUCCCAGGCGAAUCAACCGGGACUACACACCCUUCUUUGCCAAGCACCAGUUGAACAAUGGCUAUCCCAGCUACAAGGUGCCUCCUGGCACCCAGCACAUUUUCGGCUAAGUUUGGGAAAGGAGACUUUAAGAUGCCAAUAAGAACAGCACGAUAAAAAUUCAAUGGAACCCACUUCAUAAUAAUACUGAAAACGAUCAUGUCUAUGUUACUAAAACGAAUCACUAACGAAGCAACCAAUCUAUAUAUAGGAUAUAUAUACAAUUGUUAUACUAAUCUCAAAUGACCACUAACGACGCCAUAUAUAUACUAUACAUAUAUUACGAAACGAACCCAUGAUAGGUGAAUGCAAUACUACAGCAGGUGUGACUCCAACCCGUGAAUCAUCUUCAAUAUUUUCUCUAUAAUAGAUGCUUAAUGAUUCAACCAAAUCAGAUGGCACCCUGUUAAAUUACUUACUGAUGAUGAUUCGUGGGUUUGGAGGCCUGGAUGAAAUCCGGAUGCCCAAACGGGGCGAUGGAUAACGAAACUCUCCAUGUACCCAUACUAUAUACACAUAUUUGGAGCAUGUGCAUAUAGUAUGGCCUAGAUAGGAGACCAGAACUAUAUGCUAAGCCAUAUAGUGUUAGACUCUAAGAUGAUUGUUAAAAUUGUUAACUAGCAAAUGAAAUGGACACGAUGCGACCCAAGACGGAAAAAUGAUAAUGAGAUUGAACCUUGUCUUAGUUUUAAGAGCACUACUAAACUAUUUAUUGUGAGCAUAUUCUAUUUAACGCAGAUCCCGUGCAGCGAUGAGCUCAAGGCAACCGCCGGUGGGGGAACCACAUUCACUAAUUGUAAAUUGUAAGAUGAUGAGUUGCCCGGUUUCAGGGCACAUCCUUUGGAGCCGCUCGCACGGGAUUCUCCAUGUUUAUGGUUUGAGUUUGCAUGCUUUUUGCUUAUAUCUAUACUAUAUGCACAUAUAUAUAUAUGAAUUUACCUUGACAUUGUUAAACUGCAAAUUAUAAAAAAAACCGUCAAUUAUCCCGCUAUAAGUAAGUUAUACAAGAGAUUAGGCGAACGCGCCGAAACCAAUCUGUGAGUUCCCGAGAAGGCCAUUCAAGGACAAUAAAUUCAACGAGCUCGUUCGGAACAUCCCUCCCCACCAAAAUGCCCCCUCCAUCCGCCCGAGGUCGGUGCUUUAGUCCGCCCGCUGACCCCGGGCAAUAAUAUGAGGAUGCCUUUGCCUGCUGGACGAGCAGCCGCGGACUCAGUGCCCAGAUCUUGGCGAAUGGAGCGGGAAUGUGGCCGGGUCGAGGCUGGAGAACGGGCCAAAAACUCUCAGACUUUACCAAUUACUACUAUGACCAGCAAUGUCUAUACGCAACUACACUACAAUGUAUAACUAAUACAAAAUGAGAAACUAAAUAAACGGCAAGUUUUGAAUACUCGCGACGAGAAGAA